CCGCGCCGCGCGCUCUCCGCGCGCCCCUCCGGAGGGACUGCGGGGCCGCGGCUGGCGUCCCCGGGCUCGGAGCCUCCCGUCGGGCCGGCCCCCGCCUCCCCAAGCCGGAGCGAGCGCACACUCUGCGCCCGGGAGCCUCGGGCCACCUGACCCGCGCCCUCCGCCGGGGCACGCGGACACCCAGCAGGGGCACCCUGGCCUGGGCGCGGAGCCCGUGGCCCUUCCCCUCCCAUACAGCCCGGGCACGGGGGCACCUGACGGGGACCGGUGCCCUGGCCGGCCUCCUGCCUCGGCCAUUUCGCGGUCUCUUCGCCCCUGGGCGCAGUCAACUCCAGGGCCUGUGUGAGUCUAAGCAGUUUGUCGUUCUCCACGUUUGGAUUUAUUACAAGCAAAAUGGAAAUCGAAGUUUUCCUGGAAAUAAUCAAAUAAUAAUAAACCUCCAGCGUAGGAAUAGUGGACUUUGGAUCUGCUUUGAGAUGCUGAAGAUGAUGGAAGUCUAUAAGGAACCUAGAGAACAGCCCAUCUUCACCACCCGAGCGCAUGUCUUCCAGAUUGACCCCAACACCAAGAAGAACUGGAUGCCUGCGAGCAAGCAGGCGGUCACCGUUUCCUACUUCUAUGAUGUCACAAGGAACAGCUAUCGGAUCAUCAGUGUGGACGGAGCCAAGGUGAUCAUAAACAGCACAAUCACACCGAAUAUGACCUUCACCAAAACAUCGCAGAAGUUUGGGCAGUGGGCCGACAGCAGAGCCAACACGGUGUUUGGUUUGGGGUUUUCCUCUGAGCAGCAGCUGACAAAGUUUGCAGAGAAAUUCCAGGAGGUGAAAGAAGCUGCCAAGAUAGCCAAAGACAAGACGCAAGAGAAAAUCGAGACCUCAAGUAAUCAUUCCCAAGAAUCUGGGCGUGAAACCCCAUCUUCUACUCAGGCAUCCAGUGUCAAUGGGACGGACGAUGAAAAGGCCUCUCACGCCGGUCCAGCCAACACACACCUGAAGUCUGAGAAUGACAAGCUGAAGAUUGCCUUGACACAGAGCGCAGCCAACGUGAAGAAGUGGGAGAUCGAGCUGCAGACCCUUCGGGAGAGCAAUGCCCGGCUGACCACAGCACUGCAGGAGUCGGCAGCCAGUGUGGAGCAGUGGAAGAGGCAGUUCUCCAUCUGCCGUGAUGAGAAUGACCGGCUCCGCAACAAGAUUGAUGAGCUGGAAGAACAAUGCAGUGAGAUCAACAGAGAGAAGGAGAAGAACACGCAGCUGAAGAGGAGGAUCGAGGAGCUGGAGGCAGAGCUCCGAGAAAAGGAGACAGAGCUGAAAGAUCUCCGAAAACAAAGUGAAAUCAUACCUCAGCUCAUGUCAGAGUGCGAAUAUGUCUCUGAGAAGCUAGAGGCGGCAGAGAGAGACAAUCAAAACCUGGAAGACAAAGUGCGUUCCUUAAAGACAGACAUUGAGGAGAGCAAAUACCGACAGCGCCACCUGAAGGUGGAGUUGAAGAGCUUCCUGGAGGUGCUGGACGGGAAGAUUGAUGACCUGCAUGACUUCCGCCGAGGGCUCUCCAAGCUGGGCACCGAUAACUAGGGCUGGCCGAGGCCCAGGCCCCGCCCGUGAGUCCCAAGCGUGUGUGCGAGACCAGAUAGCUCUAGGACGUUCUUCUGUGUGCAUUGCUUCUGUAAAUGCAGGCGCAGUUUGUCGUGUUUCCAAACCAGUUGUGCCGUCCACUCACUCCUUUUCAGAAUAGAAAUCUCCUCUCGCUUCUCUGGCCUUUUGUGAGGUUGUGGACAACUGGAAGAUUCUGACUCAGGAAUCCAGAACUAGGUCUACCUUCAACAUUUAUGCAGUCAGGGCAGGGAUGUUUAUAUCUUUCGUAAGGGCUGUUGCAACCAUAUGAACUGAAAAAAAACGCAUUUUGUAAUCCAAAUAUUGAUAUUCUUUACACCAAGCCAUCAGGCUCCUUUUAUCAAAUAGCAUUCAGAGUAUUUGAAUGUCCACCAGGCACCAGCCCCGGAGGGCACAGAGAGAACAACAUACCUCUCUGUCAACAUCGAGAGGCUUUAAAACAACUGUUUAGUGGAAACUUUCUGAGAGAUGGAAAACAAGCUUCUGGUGGGUGCAUUUUCUGGCCCGGAGUUGCCUGCAUCCACGCUACUGCCCCCCUGCCCCCCAGUUUGUAUGGUUGCAACAGUGUUCCUUUUCUUGGUUUUAAUUUCUGAGCAGAUGAUUGUGCUGUGGGAACAGCACACAGUGAGGGUGCCUAGCACAAUGUCUGGCACAAAGUAGGUGCUUAAUAAAUAUUUGUUCAAUUAAAUGUG